AUGAGUAACAUUCCUCCUGGUUUUCAAGCUAAAAGGUAUGUUACACCUAUUGUACCUGCUGCACAACCUGCUCCCAAUUCUGAAUAUGAAAAAAUCAAUUCAUUGGGGAAUGUAACUUCUACAUUAGGUAUUAUGACUUAUUCUAUUCAAGCUUUGGAAAAUAAGAUACAUAUAGUUGAUUCUUAUAAUUAUUUUAUAGCUAAGCUUGAAACACAAAUAGGUCAACUAGCUAAUACAAUGAGUAAAAGAGAUGAUGGCAAGUUACCUAGUAAUUCAGUUGAAAAUCCUAAGAACCAUAAUAAUGAACAAGUUAAGGAUGUCAUGACCCUCAGAAAUGGCAGAGAUGUAGAUAACCUAAUAGAGGAAAAGAAAAGAGUUCCUUAUCCUCAAGCUUUAGAUGCACCUUCACCUUAUGGUGAGAGCAAGAAAAAAGAAGAUAUUCUAGAGACUUUCAAACAAUUUAACCACACUCCUAAAUUUAAAGAUCCUGGUGUCCCUAAUAUAUCUUGUCAUAUUGGUGAUCAUAAAAUUAAAAAAGCACUAUUAGAUUUAGGUUCAAGUGUUAAUCUGAUCCCUUAUUCUGUGUAUGAGCAACUAGGCUUAGGUAAGCUACAACCUUCUAAUUAUACCCUACAGUUAGCCGAUAGGUCUGUUAGAGUUCCUAGAGGUAGGAUUUAUGAUGUUUUAGUUAAAAUUGACAAAGGUUUGUUCCCUGUGGACUUCGUAGUAUUAGAUAUGGAAUCAGUUGAGGAGGCUUUACCUGCACUCAUAUCUAUAGAUGCUCUAGAAACUAUUAUUGCACAUGAGAACAUUGGGACAUAUAACCUGGGAAAUGUUUUUGAGCUAUUGAGGUCUAUUCUUGAUCAUACUUCCAUUUUAGAAACUUCUUCUUGGGUGUCUAGAAAUGAGCCUUUACCACCGCUCUCUGACUCUCCAUCCCUAUUAUCUAUAGUUUCUCCACCUAAACUUGAGUUAAAACCUCUUCCAUCUACACUCAAGUAUGCAUAUCUAGGGUCUAAUGAGACUUUACCAGUUAUAAUUUCAUCUGAAUUUUCUAAUGAGUAG